AUGCUUCACAGGAUACUCUAUUACCUGAUGCUAUUCUCCAGCAUUACGUACGCUGCUACAUCUACCCAGUGGCGAAGUCGAUCCAUCUACCAGAUCCUUACAGAUAGAUUUGCGAGAACCGACGGCUCAACGACAGCACCAUGCGACCCGGGUUACGAAGGCUUCUGUGGUGGCACUUGGGCUGGUAUCACACAGAAGCUUGAUUAUAUCCAGGGCAUGGGUUUCGACGCGAUCUGGAUCUCCCCUGUGGUGGAACAAGUCUCCAACCCUACACGGGCAUACCAUGGAUAUUGCGCCAAGAACAUUUACUCCUUGAAUGACAAGUUCGGCAACAAGGAUGAUUUGAAGACGCUUGCGAAGGCGCUGCAUGAUCGCGACAUGUAUUUGAUGGUGGAUGUGGUACCGAACCAUAUGGCUUUUGACGGGAAUGCGACAACUACGGAUUAUAGCACUUUCUACCCUUUCAAUGAUCGCUCGUUCUUCCACAACGUUUGCUUCAUUACUGACUGGACAAACGUCACGCAGAUACAGCGAUGCUGGCUCGGCGGAGAAAUCAACCCGUUGCCCGACCUCGAUACCACUCUGCCUGAAGUGCGGACAGAGUGGAAUACCUGGAUCAAGUCGCUAGUCGCAAAUUACUCCAUCGACGGCAUUCGUGUAGAUACAGCUCAAAACAUCGAGGAAUCUUUCUUUCCCGCUUUCGGCAAGGCUGCGGGGAGUCUUCGCUCUAGGGGAGGUUGCCAGCUACUACACGCAGUGGCGAAGACCCCCUUCAAUCGCGAAGCAAUAUGGCUGUCCGGCUAUAACACAGAUGGAGAGCUCUACAAGUUCAUCAAAAAAUUGAAUGCAAUUCGAAAGAUGGCUAUAAUCAAAGCAACAUCCAUCGUCACAUCGUUUCUCACAAGCAAGGCGACCGUCGUUUACUACGACGCGCACAACGUAGCUUUUGCGAAAGGACCAGAGAGCGCGAUGGUCUUGACGGUGAUCAACAACAACGGAGCCAAAGCCGUGAACUACACUCUGCAAAUCGCGACAUCUGGGUUUGCACCACUGACUGAGGUCGUGGAACUAUUGACCUGCACGCGGACAACGGUUGGUCUAUUGGGAAAUUUGACGGCGACGGUGACUGCGGGAAGGCCAAUGGUUUUUUAUCCUUACAGUCUUCUCGGAGGCACGAGCUGGUGCGGACUGUAG